GUGGUCAUGUGACUGGCUGGUCUGCAAAGCUCGGUUUGUUUUGAUUUAGCCGCGUAGUGCAUGCAGUGGUGGAUAGAUUCCCACUCAAAAUGGCUGCUCAUUGCACCUUUGUGUUCCUGGUUUUCCUGUGUAUUUCUGUAUCCCAGACUCUUGCAAUCUACCAGCCAACUUGGGCGUCUUUAGAUGCUCGACCCCUACCAGCCUGGUACGAUGAAGCUAAGAUAGGAAUCUUCAUGCACUGGGGUGUUUUCUCCGUUCCAAGUUUCGGUUCUGAGUGGUUCUGGUGGAACUGGAAGGGUAGACAACUUCCUGCUUAUGUUGAUUUCAUGACGAACAACUACCGGCCAGGGUUCACCUAUGCUGAUUUUGCUCCGAUGUUCACUACAGAGUUCUUUAAUCCCAAGGAGUUUGCUGAGAUCAUCGAAGCUUCUGGGGCUAAAUAUGUUGUGUUGACCAGUAAACACCAUGAAGGUUUCACCAACUGGCCAUCCAAGUAUUCAUGGAAUUGGAACUCUAUGGAUGUUGGGCCCAAGAGAGAUCUCGUUGGUGAGUUGGCUGCAGCAGUCCGAACCUACACUAAAGAUGUUCACUUCGGUCUCUAUCACUCUCUCUUUGAAUGGUUCAAUCCGUUAUUUCUGAAAGACAAAGCAGCUAAUUUCACAUCGCAGGAGUACGUUCAGGAAAUCUGCCUGCCAGAGUUGCAUGAGAUCAUAGAGGCUUAUAAACCAGACGUACUGUGGUCUGAUGGCGACUGGGACGCUAGCCCAGCUUACUGGAACAGCACAGAAUUCUUAGCGUGGCUGUAUAACAGUAGCCCGGUUAAAGAUACAAUUGUUACGAAUGAUAGAUGGGGCCGAGGUACCGCGUGUAGACAUGGUGGAUACUACAGUUGUCAGGAUCGCUAUAACCCUGGUGUUUUGCAGAAACACAAAUGGGAGAAUGCUAUGACGCUUGAUAAGAAGUCUUGGGGUUUCCGGCGUGAUGCAGAUUUAGCUGACUACUAUGAUAUGGAAGAACUGAUCCAGGUUCUAGCAGAAACUAUUAGUUGUGGCGGUAAUCUCUUGGUGAACAUCGGUCCAACCCAUGAUGGUCGUAUUGUUCCAAUAUUUGAAGAGCGUCUGCGUCAGCUGGGUUCUUGGUUGAAGGUGAAUGGUGAGGCCAUCUAUGCAUCCAAGCCAUGGAGGGCACAGAAUGACACCAAGACUCAAGGAGUUUGGUACACCUCAAAGACGAUUGAAGGAACAACAGCAGUAUAUGCCAUCGUCUUGGAUUGGCCAAUCAAUAAUCAGCUGGCCCUUGGUGUUCCCAUAGCAACGAACCAAACAAUGAUUAAAAUGCUGGGAUAUUCUAAUCUUCUACGCUGGCAACCCAUGGCGUCUGGUUCCGGACUCAUCAUUACCAUGCCUCCAUUAAACCAAGCACAGUUGCCAUGCAAAUGGGCUUGGGUUAUCAAGAUGCAAGCUGUGAAGUGAACGAGAGAACCACACUUUCUUUUGCAAGAAAAAGGAUUAGUGUCCUGACCUUUUCAAACCUACCAGAGUCAGUAGAAUCUUGUUUAAUGGCUUAAAGAGAAAGACUGUGCUUGGGUAGAAGUAUAAGGGCACUAACUUUUUUCGUAGAGCUUUUGCAAACUUUGAGGCUUUGCAUGGUGAAGGAAUUUGUAUGUUUGAAAGUUUAUAUUUUUGUAUUCAAUGAUAUAAGACCAGGAAGAUUUGUUUUUAUGGGUCUCUAGUUAGUUUUAAGUUUUACUUACUUUUUACUUUUACUUGUUUUUUGUUUUUUUAAAUAGUUUUCUGUUUUAUUUCAACAGGGGGUACUGUGGGGUUGCUGUAUAUCCCUAUAUGUUACUUAAUGUUUUGUAUCUGUUUUUUCCGAUCUAUCAGCGCCAUGAGGAUAUUUGGUAGAUGUGUGCACAAUGUGCUUUUCAUUAUUAACGUUUACAAAUGGACAGAAACAAAUACAUGUAGACAGAAACAGUUUAAUGCUUCCAUUUUUUACGCCGCACUCUUUCUUUGGAAUAGUCUUCCUGUGCAUAUUCGCCAGGCUAGUUCUUUACAACGUUUUAAGUCCCUGUUGAAAACUC